GGCGCCACAAGCUUUAGAAUUGUCUUAAAAGUCAAAAGUUUUUUCUAACCUAAAAUGCCACACUCCUGUCAGUGGUUAAUGUGGGUUCAUUUAUCGUGUUCCGAUUAAUUAUAACUGAGUAUGUGAAAAUAGAACCGAUUAGUGUGAAGUAUGGCUAAUGACAGAGAGAUUUUGCGAGAAGUAUGGGAGGGUAAAUUGCCCGUUUCCUUUCAACUGGACCCUGAUGAAGUUGUUGAGUUGCAACAACCGGACCUCUUUUAUUUAAUGGUACCACGUUUGAGUUAUUUUCCUUUAGUUACGGAUAAAGUCCGCAAACAUUUCUUACGGUAUGUGGCGAAUGAUAAACAAGACAGAGAAAUGUGGUUGGAGUAUGAUGGGCAACCCAUGAAGUGGCAUUAUCCCAUAGGAGUUCUUUACGAUUUGCUUAUCACAUCAGAUGAUCAAUUGCCGUGGAACAUUACUGUUCAUUUUGAUAAGUUUCCAGGGAAUCAGAUUUAUAAAUUCAGCAACAAAGAAACUGUUGAGUCCUAUUUCAUGGCUUGUUUGAAGGAAGCUGACGUGUUGAAACAUAGAGGACAAAUUGCAAGUAAUAUGCAGAAAAAAGACCAUAAUCAGUUGUGGUUAGGGUUACAAAAUGACAAGUUUGAUCAGUUUUGGGCUGUGAAUCGUAAACUCAUGGAAGUCUCACAAGAACAAGAACAUUUCAAAUACAUUCCGUUUAGGUGUUACAUGGAUGAUGGUUACAGACAAAAAUUGAUUAAACCAGUUGCUGAAGAUGGGCGUCGUAAAACUUUACAAGACUUAAUAGACGAAAUGUUUCCAGGAAAAAAUGUUGUUAUUAAAACCCAUGGUAUGAUUCCUCCUCUAGAAACACCUUUGCAAUGGAUGUCUGAACAUCUUAGUUAUCCUGAUAACUUUCUGCAUUUGUGUGUACAAACGUAAGCUUUUGUGUGAUAUUGUCAAGAAUUUUUGUAUUUAUUGCCUUAAUGUCAAAUGUACGUUAUGUAGGUGCACAAGCUUAUUUUUUGUAUAAGUUAAGACUAAAAUAGUAUAUUCAAAUUGUAAUUAUGGAUGCUGAGACACGUAGUAGACAAAUGUAUUUUCUGAAAACUUUAUUACUGUCUCUUCUGAUAAAAUAAUUGAUUAGAUAAAUAGAUCGAUUUUGUUGCAAUGCAAUGCCAAAAUAUUUAAUAAAUUAUAUUAUGAAUUUUUACAUUUAUCUUAAAUAAAGUUCUUUUUAAGUAGU